CGGCGCAGCGCGGCAGGGAGGUAAGAUGGCGCCGUGCCGGGCGCUUGUCCUUUGCGGUUAGGCUGCUGCUCGCCCUUUCUGUCAGCUCAGCGCGGUAUGUCGUCUCCUGCAGCGUCGGAGUCACUCUCAUUGCUAGGCUCUCGGGAACCAGGUUCUCUGGUGCCGGGAGCUGUAGGACAAGAUGGCGCUUGCAGGACGACUGCCUAGGCGUUCGGGCCGGGGCUGUGAGCUCUGAGGCGGCCGGGGACAAAGGCGGCGUGCCGGGGCGUGGGGGCGGGGCGCGCCGUUGCAGUGGUGCCGCGUGGGACGGGCGCCGCUCUUCCGGUCCGCUGCGGUGGAGAUUCGGCCAACGUGGUUUUGGUAUGAACAGGAUUCGGAUUCACGUCUUGCCAACGAAUCGGGGGAGGAUCACCCCAGUGCCCAGAUCUCAGGAGCCCCUUUCUUGUUCGUUCACUCAACGCCCGUGCUCUCAGCCGCGUCUGGAGGGGCAGGAGUUUUGCAUUAAGCAUAUUCUUGAAGACAAGAAUGCACCCUUCAAACAAUGUAGUUAUAUUUCGACGAAGAAUGGAAAAAGGUGCCCCAGUGCUGCCCCAAAGCCCGAGAAGAAAGAUGGGGUGUCCUUCUGUGCCGAACAUGCUCGAAGGAAUGCCCUAGCACUUCAUGCUCAAAUGAAGAGGAGCAACCCAGGCCCUGUGGGUGAGGCCCUCUUGUGCCAGUUGAGCUCGUAUGCUAAACCAGAGCUGGGCGCACAGACCCCAGAGAGCAGCCGGAGUGAGGCGAGCCGGAUACUGGAUGAAGACAGCUGGAGUGAUGGGGACCAGGAACCCAUUACUGUGGAUCAGACAUGGAGAGGUGACCCUGACAGUGAAGCUGAUAGCAUAGACAGUGAUCAAGAAGAUCCCCUAAAACAUGCUGGUGUCUAUACAGCUGAAGAAGUAGCUCUUAUUAUGAGAGAAAAGCUAAUUCGUUUGCAGUCUUUGUACAUUGAUCAGUUUAAACGACUACAGCACCUGCUCAAAGAGAAGAAGCGCCGUUAUUUACAUAACCGGAAAGUGGAACACGAAGCUUUAGGUAGUAGUCUCCUGACUGGCCCUGAGGGACUUUUGGCCAAAGAGAGAGAGAAUUUAAAGCGACUAAAAUGUCUUAGGCGAUACCGUCAACGCUAUGGAGUAGAGGCCUUACUACACAGGCAGCUGAAGGAACGCAGAAUGCUGGCCACAGAUGGGGCCGCCCAACAGGCUCAUACCACUCGUUCCAGUCAGAGGUGCUUAGCCUUUGUGGAUGAUGUCCGCUGCUCCAAUCAGUCUCUUCCGAUGACCAGACACUGCCUUACCCAUAUCUGUCAGGAUACAAAUCAGGUUCUCUUCAAAUGCUGCCAGGGAUCUGAAGAGGUGCCCUGCAACAAAGCAGUUCCUGUAAGCCUUUCUGAGGAUCCCUGCUGCCCACUGCAUUUCCAGUUGCCUCCUCAGAUGUAUAAGCCCGAGCAGGUCCUGUCUGUGCCAGACGGUCUGGAAGCCGGCCCCGUGGAUCUGUACUUGAGUGCUGCCGAGCUUCAGCCCACUGAGAGUUUGCCACUGGAGUUCAGUGAUGACUUGGACGUUGUGGGCGAUGGCAUGCCGUGCCCUCCGUCCCCGUUGCUCUUUGAUCCUUCACUGACUCUUGAAGAUCAUUCAGUCACAGAGAUUGCCGGAGGCCCAGGACAGAUGCAGGUGGCUGGGGAUGGGUGCAGAUCCCAGGGACCUCGAAAUGUAGAGAAAGCCUGUGCGCCAUUCCCUCAGCGUGGAUUGGCUACUGCAAAUGGAAAACCAGAACCCACUUCUAUCAGUUGACAGUUCAUUCUGGGAAUUGUUUGCCUUUGGAUUGAACUUUGCUUUCUUCAGACAAGCAUAUCUUUGAUCAUCUCUCACUGAACAGGGACAUCUCAGACCACAUUGCUUCCUCCGGGGCUUUAGAGUGCUAUAGACAAACAUAAUCCAAGCCUGUGCUGAAUGGACAUUUAGUAUUUAAGUUUGGGGAUUUUUGCGAGGAAGAGCAUGAGGCGAUCCCUGCCUUUGGAGUGCAGUGCAUAUAGGAGACUGCCUGCGAAAGAGACCAUGGAUGUCUGGGCAGGGCUCUGGUCAAGAACGGUGCUCUUCAGGUGUUGGCUCUUAGUGUCUGGCUAGCUGUAUCUAAAGACCUGUAUUUAAACCUUCCCCUUGCUCCACAUAACUGGGCAAUAUAAACCCUUUUCCUAGUGACCUGUGACUCAGAAAAGCAGCUCACAGCUCUGGUCUCUCCUUCAUUAUUCUUGCUUUUAACUUAUGCAAAUGUCUGUGGUGGCUCCUCCAUGUAAGAUAGAGUGAAAUUACUGUAUAUAGUUUCUAUUAAAUGUUAAAAUGUUAUGAAAGUGUAAAGUAAUCUGAAUUGAUUGUGUUUUGUUUUUGAGCGUGUCUAUAUUAUUUUCUGGGUCUCUGAGUGCUGUCUGAUGGGAAAGGUGUAUACUGUUAUUCUAGGACAGGCACUCUGGAGAAACUGAUGACAGAGGUGGUGCUUGGUACCUAGUUCCCAGGGCCAGAUAAACUUGUGUUCACUGGAGAGCUAGCAGUUAAUUCAGUAGGGGGCUUGAGACCUGGCGUGGAGCUUUAGGACCUCGGUUUAGCCCCAGCGAUGAUGUGAGUGGCAAAGCAGACAGUGUGUUGAGAUUUGUUUUUAGGGAAACAUUAGAAAUAAUGAGCUACUCAUUCUGAAUAACGGUUCACAGAAAGAAGCUAAUAAAACUACCAAAGGAAAAGGAAAAGAUUAAUAAGCUUGUCCUUGGGUUGGGCAAUUAUCCCUUUACUGUAUGAGCUAUACAUUUCUCCCUUCAAGGAACUAUGCUGGGUUGAAGAGGAUUUGCUCAACCCAGACCCGUUCCGGGUGUCGGGUGUUCUAUGCUUUUCUGUUGCUCAUGACUAAGACUUACUGUUCCAGAGGGGUAAUAGAGCAUCAGGGCAGGAAGCUGUGAGCUCACGUUGUAACUACUAAUGUGAGACAGCAAACUGGAAGUGGUACCAGGCUUUUCAUCUGAAAGUCCAACCCCAGUAAUAACUUCCUGCAGCAUUUCUGCAUCACCUAGAUCUCCCAAAACUGCACCAAGUGUCCGAGUGCCAGAGAUUGGUGGGCAUUUCUCAUUCAAAUGAUCACAUUGGGUUUGGCCAGUGAGAAGCCCACAGUACUGGACUCGAUUAUUAGAAGGGGAACUGGUUCAAACAGCACUGAGGGCAAGCUAGAACCACUGUAAUCCCCCCACUGCUGAGACACAUGGAUGCCCCACAGCAGUACCUCAGGACGGCAGCAGCUUAGGUGGGAUGGUGGAUCCUGUUCAUGCCGCUGUACCCAACACUGUCUUUUUGACUGAGACAGAUGCAAGCACUGAGGGCUUUGUGCUGUUUUGGACUUAGCUAACAUUUCUUUAUCAGUAUCCUCUUAGCUGCCCAAGGAGUCAGGAAGUAAGUGAAACUUAGAGAUCUUCAGUUCCUGAAGCCUACAAGAUUUGCAAGUCCCACCUUCCCAAAGAUACAUAUGCAGUAAUUAACUUCUGGGGAGAGGAGACAUUAAAACCAGCAAACUGCAAACCAGCUCUCAGCAAGUUGUGUAGGGAGCUCCAGGAUCGCAACUUUUGUGAGUUAUCAUUUUGGGGGGUGAACCUGUUUUCAGUGAUGUACCUGUCUUUGAGUCAUCCAUGCUCCUGUAAAUAAACCAAUAAACACAGCAGUUCACUGAACUACUUGGAUGGAAUCA